AGACUUGAAACAUUUAACCACUUACAAGCAAAAUAAAUGCCUCUUCUCGGGAAAAAGAGAGACCAGAAUUCACCCACAACAAAUGAUCAGAUUCAGGACAGAGGAGCAGUUCCCUCAAGCAACCCCAAUCUUGCAAGGACGACCGGCGGGAAUACCUUACCAGGUCAAAAUCCUUAUCAAAGCGCAAGUGGUGGAGAUAAUAUGAAUGUAGGGACUAAUCAACUUGGUCCCGGCAGAACAAGUGCCUCAGGCGCAGGUGGCGCUCAGGGCAUACCACCAACUGACAUGCUAAAUGCCAAUCAGGGCAGUGGCGGUGGAGGCGGCUCGCACGCUUUCACAGGACGCGUCGAACAUGCUGUUGGAUCGAUGAUCGGAAGCAAUGCCCUCAAGGCAAAAGGAAUGCAGAAACAACAAGAAGCAAAUUCGAUAAAUCUGCAAGGUCAGGAGCUUGCAGAAGCAGAGCGUCUCGAGCGCGAAGCACUUAUGCGGCGUGAACGUGCUGUUGCACAUGGUGCUCAUCCAGAUAACAAGCAUCUUGGCUCAAAUCCCAAUGCAAGCGCUUUGCAGGAUUAUGGCACGGGUCAGGAGCAAGGGGGGCGUGGUGUGGGUGGGUAUAAUCAAGGAACAGGUGGAUAUGGCAGGCAGAGCGGUCAGUAGUUGGGUGGUCAAAGGGGAUUUUAGCCUGGCGAGCAGCUGCUCAUUGAUUAGCAGAUGAAAUGUGUUGAUACUCAAUGAUCUAUUUAUUAUGUUAUCUUUUUACUAUACCUUUUACAUACUUUGCUAUUGCUUAUUACGCUUUAGGCCCGAUGAAUCAGCUAACGCUCGUUCAUGCAAACUAUUUAUUCUAUUAAAACAUUUA